AUGUCCCAAGUUCACGUUCCCCACUCCGCUCCAUCGACACGCCGUGGACCCAUGCUGCACUCCGCAAGAGGCCCCCUGCUCCCCAUCUCGAACCGCGCACCCAAGCCCAAGCAGACCGGCUGCGGCUGCUACCUGACUGCCUUCCUGCUGCUGGCAGGGUGCGCGGGGCUCCUGUACGCGGUGUUCUCGCCGUCCCAGCCGGCGCCGAUUCCGACCAUCCAGGAUGGGAUCAAGCCACCAUUGCAGCAGCAGCAGCAGCCGGUGCAGCCGGCGCCGACGAGGGCGACGGGUGGGCGCGGGGGCGGACAGGCGCCUCGCCAGCGGCCUGGCGGGGAAGGCGUCGAUGCGGAUGCGACCGACGGAUUCCAGGAGGCCGAGCUGGAGGCGAUCAAGUCCCGGGCUGAGGACAUAGCCCAAGCCAUGCAGGUGAAGGACUUGCAGGAUCAAGCUUUGAAACGGAAUGAAGAGGAGCCAGAAACUGUGCAAGCGUUGCAAACGGAGGGGCUUGACAGUGCCAAACCUCCCCCCGACGGUUCAGGCGCUGUGGGACUUUGGGCACUGAAUGCAGCCGAUAUCAACGGGACUGUUGUGCCGUUGGCACAGUUUGCAGCAGAAGCAACUGUUGUGGUGAAUGUUGCAUCACACUGUGGCUACACAGAAACAAACUACAGAGGCCUCCAGAAAUUGUACGAGGCCUACCACGACAGAGGCUUUCAAGUGCUGGCGUUUCCUUGCAACCAAUUCAUGUCGCAGGAACCUGGAACGAACGAGGAAAUCAGGCGGUUUGCACUGGAGGAGUACAACGUCACCUUUCCAAUGUUUGCCAAGGUCGACGUCAAUGGCCCGGAUGCCCACCCGGUGUACAAAUUCCUUAAGCAGCACUUGCCGAAGGCGCAGGGCGGAGGGGGCGGAGAGCCCUCCGACUUCGACCUGCGCUGGAACUUUCAGAAGUUCCUCGUCGACGGCGGAGGCUACCCUGUGAAAUUGUACCAAGAGGCGUUCGUCGAGGCACCCCUGGAGGCGGAAAUCCUCAAGCUCUUGGAACCGCGCCCAUCGCCGUCGUGA